AUGCUUCAUCAUGCCAAACUGGACAAGUGUUUCUGGGCCGAAGCAGCGAUGACGGCCAUCUACGUCAAGAAUCGACUGCCGUCACCUAAAGUCGUGCACAAGACCCCGUUUGAGAUCGUCUACAACUUGAAACCAAGCGUCAAGCACAUGCGAACAUUCGGGUGUCAGACAUACAUACUGACGCCUAAAGAGAAUCGACUCAAGUGGGAUCCAAAGGCUCGCGCUGGCAUAUUCGUGGGCUACGAAGAAGUUUCGAAGGCAUAUCGUGUUUAUGACAUCGAGGCGGGGCAGGUGGUUAUCAGCCGCGAUGUCAACUUCGACGAGUCCACCUUUGGACUUCAACUGCCGAUCACUGAUGAAGAUGUCGAUGACCUGGACUUCGAAUUGCUGGAUCUUGAUGACGAAGAGCUGCGUCAAAUGGAGUACAAGCAAACAGGCAAGCGCAAGAACCGACUCAAUGAUGAAGAUACAGCAGCUCCACGACCGCGUGCAGUGCGUCAACGACCAGGACUAGAAGAGUCAAGCGCGCCGGAAAACAACUCGUCACGACAAGAAGAAGACGAAGAAACGAAGGAUUCUGGUGAUUCAACACCGCCUGUGUUUUGGCGUGCGAGUGCAAAUGCCGUUGAAGCAGCAGUGGACUUAUCAGAACCCUCAACAUUUGAAGCAGCAGUAAGCGGCCCUGACCAAGUGCACUGGAGAAAAGCAAUUCAUGCAGAGCUCGAGUCAAUGCGACUUCGCGGUGUGUUUCGUGCAGCCAAGCUGCCCAACGGACAACGCGCCAUUGGCACAAAAUGGGUGUUCAAGAUCAAGCGCAAGGCGGAUGGGUCGAUCGAGAAGUACAAGGCAAGUCUCGUGGCAAAGGGCUUUCUCCAGAAGUAUAGAAUCGACUACACCGAGACGUUUUCGCCCGUGGUCAAGUAUGUGACGCUGCGAAUGGUGAUCGCAAUUUCCAAGCAUUUUGGAUGGCCCAUCGACCAGCUUGAUGUGGUGACAGCUUUCCUGUAUGGCGUCAUGAAGGAACAAGUGUUCUGCGUGAUUCCUGAAGGCGUCGAACUUGACAUGUCAGGCUUCGACCCAUGUCUCUACAUCAAGACUUCGGACGGCCAUUGCGUGUUUAUACUGGUCUACGUGGACGACGUCUUGGUGACUGGAAGCUCGCUCGAGCUGAUUGCACAAACCAAGAACGACCUGAAGACGCGGUUCGAAAUGACGGACAGCGGCAAGUGUGCGUUUGUUCUUGGGAUCGAGCUUUUGGACGAUGAAGAUGGCAGUGUGACACUAUGUCAGCGUCGGUAUGUCGAUGAUAUCCUCAAGCGCUUUGGCAUGGAUGAUUGCAAGGCAGUCGCAAGUCCAGUCGACAUGAGCUCUCGACUUGUUUCAAGUGAUGCAACUACCAAGGUCGAUGCUCCUUUUCGCGAAGCUGUUGGUGCGUUGAUGCACCUGACCACUGCAACGCGUCCGGACAUUGCGUUUGCUGUGGGCUAUGUGUCGCGGUUCAUGGAAAAUCCCCAAGAAGAACACUGGGUUGCAGUUAAGCGUAUCUUUCGCUACCUACAAGGCACCAAGACGCAUGGAAUUUGCUACAAGCCAAGUGCAAGGAUCGACUUCCGUGGAUAUUCGGAUGCGGAUUGGACUGGUGAUCUUACCGACCGCAAGUCAACAUCGGGGUACACGUUCAUGCUACUCGGUGCGCCAUGA